AUGGCUGACAACCAACGGCCUAUAGGCCUGCUGUUCGACAUCGGAGGAGUGUGUGUCGUUUCUCCCUUUCAGGCUAUUCUGGACUAUGAGCUGGCCCACAACAUUCCCCCAGGAUGGGUAAACUUCAGCAUCUCUCGUACGUCGCCGAACGGCAGUUGGCACAGACUCGAGCGCGGGGAGAUCAAGAUGGAUGCCGACUUCUUCACGGAGUUCAAUAAGGAUCUACGAAACCCCGACCUGUGGAAGGCUUUCCAUGAGAGACUUCAGAAACAGCGCCCGGAUAGUGCGCCAACAUCGGUUCCUCCAUUACCCGCCCUGGACGCGGAGUUCCUCUUCUGGGAGAUGAUGAGGGUGUCGAGGACACCGGAUCCUUACAUGUUUCCUGCUCUGAAGAAACUGAAGCAGUCAGGACAGUUCAUCAUGGGGGCUCUGUCUAACACAGUCAUCUUUCCCGAUGGACAUCCCUACAACACAGACAUUGAUGAUAAGAAGUCGCAAUUUGACUUCUUUAUCUCAUCUGCGCAUACGGGUCUCAGGAAACCAGAUGGGAAAAUAUAUCAGGUUGCGCUGCAAGAGAUGGAAAAUGUAGCAAGAAAGAAGGGCCUAGGUGGAAUUCGCCCAUCUGACAUUGUGUUCCUCGAUGACAUUGGAGAGAACCUCAAGGGCGCAAAGAAAGCUGGCAUGCGAACCCUGAAGCCUUUCCACAAGCUCGUCAAGAACAGCGCUUACUACAGCCGCUACCAGACCAAGUACCGUCGUCGCCGUGAGGGUAAGACCGACUACUAUGCCCGUAAGCGCUUGAUCACCCAGGCCAAGAACAAGUACAACGCCCCCAAGUACCGCCUGGUCGUCCGCUUCACCAACCGCGACAUCAUCACCCAGAUCGUCUACUCUGAGAUCUCCGGUGACAAGGUCUUCGCCAGCGCCUACUCCCACGAGCUCAAGCGCUAUGGCAUCACCAACGGUCUGACCAACUGGGCUGCCGCCUACGCCACCGGUCUCCUCCUUGCCCGCCGUACCCUCAAGAAGCUCGGCCUGGAUGAGCAGUUCCCCGGUGUUGAGGAGGCCGAUGGUGAGUACACCCUCACCGAGGCUGCUGAGACCGACGAGGGCUCCCGCCGCCCCUUCAAGGCUUUCCUUGAUGUUGGUCUUGCCCGUACCUCCACUGGUGCCCGUGUCUUCGGUGCCAUGAAGGGUGCCUCCGACGGUGGUAUCUUCGUCCCCCACUCCGAGAGCCGCUUCCCCGGUUUCGACAUCGAGUCCGAGGAGCUCGACGCUGAGACUCUCCGCAACUACAUCUUCGGUGGCCACGUCGCUGAGUACAUGGAGGGUCUUGCCGACGAUGAUGAGGAGCGUUUCACCUCCCAGUUCCACAAGUACCAGGAGGCUGGUAUUGAGGCUGGUGACAUUGAGGAGCUCUACACUGAGGCCCACAAGGCCAUCCGUGAGGACCCCUUCAAGAAGGACGAGGAUGCUGGUGAGAAGAAGACCAAGGAGGAGUGGAAGGCUGAGAGCAAGAAGUUCCGCCAGCAGCGCCUCACCCGCGAGCAGCGCAAGGAGCGUGUUGAGCAGAAGAUCCGUGAGCUUGCUGCUUAA